GGCAGCCCGCGCCCCUCGGCCCGCCGCGCCGCCGGGAUGAGGCGGGCCGGGCCCUGGUGCCUGCUCCUGGCCGCGGCCUGCGCCCUGGGCCGGCCCCCGCCGCCGCGGGCUGCCGUGCGCUGCCUGCCCGCCGGCGCCUGCUUCAGCGCCCACCUGGCCAACGGCUCCUACGCCGAGGCGCGCAGCGCCUGCAGCCGCCGGCGGGGCGGCCUGGCCUGGGUCAGCGGCGAGCCGGAGCUGCGCCUGCUGCUGGGGCUGCUGGCGGAGGCGGCAGGGCGUCCCGCGCCCUCGCUCUUCUGGGUCGGGCUGAAGAGGAACGCCUCCGCCUGCACCGACGCGGCGCGGCCGCUCCGCGGCUUCUCCUGGGAGGGCUCCUCCGACGGGGCGGCCCCGCCGGAGCUGCCGGCGGCGCUCGGCCGGUGGGCGAAGGAGCCCGUGCGGUCCUGCCUGACCGCCCGCUGCGCCGGGCUGCAGCUGGACGCGGCCCCGGCCCCCGGCGACGCCCCCGGCUGGGGCUGGAAGGAGCGGCUCUGCCAGCGGGAGAGCCAGGGCUACGCCUGCAAGUACCAGUACGAGGGCGCCUGCCCCGACCUCCGCCCCGCGGGCGCCCUCGACCUCGACUACCGCCUCCCCUUCGAGGAGCGCAGCGCCGGCCCCGGCUUCAGCCCGCCGGGCACGGCGCUGGCCGUGGCGUGCCCCGGCGGGGAGGUGCGCCUCGCCUGCCGGUCCCGGCCGGGCGGCUUCGCCUGGGAGGGCGCGGAGGAGCCGCUCUGCCCCUGCGGCCCCCGGGGCCCCGGCAGCGGGCGGUGCGCCCGGCCCCCCGGCUGCCUCCGGAGGCUUUGCCUGCGCCUGCAGCCCGGGCGGGCGGGACGGGACGGCCCCCACCGCCGCGGGCGGCCCCGCGGAGCCGCCGGGCGCAGCGGCAGAGGAGAGACGUCCAGCAGCUCCGCGGGGCCGCCCGUCGCCACCACCGCCGGCGGAGAGAAGAGGGCCGCUCCGCCCUCCUCCUCCUCCUCCUCCUCCAACUACGUUUUCGUUCUGGUGACGGUCGCGGUGGUGGUGCUGGUCAUCCUGGUCAUGACCGUCCUGGGGGUCUUCAAGCUCUGCUUCAACAAGAAAGCCGAGGGCCGCGGGGACAAGGAGCUGCGGGAGGCCGGGAGCAAGGCGGAGGCGGGCUCCGCGGAGCCGUGCGGAGCGGCGGGCGGCGAGUAGCCCCGGGGCGGCGGGGGCCCGUCCCGCGGGGCUGCGCCGGGAGGCAGCUCCCACCCGCGGCAGCGCUCGGCUCCCCCCGUCUCUUGCCCCCAGCCCCGGCUGCCGCGGGGAGCCGCGGAAGAGGCACCGUGGGACGUGGGACCUGCAGCUCGUCAGGCGUGGGGGGGCGCGCGGCCGACCCCUUUUCGGGGGCUUGAACGGGGAGGACAGUCAGGAGUUUUUGUCGGUCUGAGAACCAUGUAUUUAGGUGCUGAUAUUAAGUAACACAUAAAUAUAGUGGCCUGGCUGACAGAAGGAUUGCUUAUCUGCAGCUGCAACAGUUGCGGGUUUUUAAUCUCGGAAAUUUGUUCGGGUGCCUGCCGUGGAGCAAGUGUAAAGGGGAGCACUUUGAAUGCUAGUGUCUUGUAAUUUCUUGUCUGAGUGGUACUUGCAGGCUCUCAUUUUCUUUCUAAUUGCUGGAACGUUUGGAGAUGUGAACUGCCAUAAUUUUGGAGGAAACCUUGACCCAUACUUUUCAGACUGACGUUCGUAUACAUGAAGAGCAUUUCUAUACUUAGAAGGUCAUUAAAUUGCUGAAGAAGUGGGAGGUUAAUGGGGAGUCAGUUUUAUACUUCAGCUGAUGAAAAGAAUAAAGGGUGAUUUAAAACCUAAA